GUUGCGUGAGAAGCACUUCCUUGCUUUUCAUAUGUAAGCGUGACACUUGCUCAUUGCCUAGCUGAGCCUCAAUAACUUGGAAAAUGUUACUUUUAACAAACAGAAUAAAAGUAUGUUCUCUCGCGUUUACCUUCGCGCGCAUGUACAGCACCGGCCCUGCAGCUGCCAACAAAAACCCCACGGUGUACUUUGACAUUGCUGCAGACAACCAGCUUGUCGGCAGAGUAACCUUCGAGCUGAACGCAGACGUUGUGCCAAGAACUGCAGAGAACUUCAGAGCGCUUUGCACAGGGGAACAGGGCUUUGGUUACAAGGGAUCGAUUUUCCACAGGGUGAUCCCUCGCUUCAUGUGCCAGGGUGGAGAUUUUACUAACCACAAUGGAACCGGAGGGAAGUCUAUUUAUGGAUUGAAGUUUUCUGAUGAGAACUUCAAGCUGAAGCACACUGGACCUGGUAUCUUGUCUAUGGCCAAUGCUGGACCCAACACCAAUGGAUCCCAGUUCUUCAUCUGCACCUCUAAAACCGAAUGGCUGGACGGCAGGCAUGUUGUCUUUGGCAGCGUGAAGGAGGGACUGGACGUGAUCAAGAAAGUGGAGGCUUUCGGUUCCCAGUCUGGGCAAACCUCCAAGAGGAUCACUAUCGCAGACUGCGGAGAGCUGGAGUAGACUUGGUGGACACGGUCCUAGUCUCAUCUCCUGCUGUAAUUUCUACGCAAGGGUCCGAGUGAAAGAGGCUCUUUCUUCAGGCAUGGCACACAGAGCUUCCUCUCAGGACAAAGAUCAUCGGUUUCUUAUCCUGUGUUAGUCUUCUUCGGGUGACACAUUUAACUGUGACAUGUGAAAAAAAAAAUGUGAAAAGGCAAUACAAUAAAACAAUUUUUUCUAAAUAUAA